AUGUUUCACACCUUUUCAGGAAACUCGAGACGUCCUCGAAACGUGAACCUGAGCGGUCAAAAAAGUACAAACCCAUGGGCGAACUCGGGCUGGACGCCGGCCCCGUCCGGCGCCUCACAAACGGUUGCCAACGCCCAAGCCGAACGAGAGAAGAGACAGAAAGAGCGUGAUGAAUUAGCGGCUGCCAAGAACCUGCAGCGUGUCUGGAGAGGUCACACAAGUAGGCACAGCACAAGGUCGAGACACCGGAAAGACUGGGAUGAACUAUACAGUACCGAGGGAGAUGCCAGCAAGCGGGUCCUUGGAGCAUUACCGCUGAUACUAGCUUUGUUUGAUGCAAAAGACCCAGGCGACCAGUGCAGGCUGGCUCAGUUCAUCAAAGAUCUGGAUAGUACGGGUCCGUGGGACCUGGAGGCUCGACAUUGGGGGAAGCUUGCGUCGAUACUGGUGGCUGCUUUGGAGCGUUGCCCCGCCAAUAGUUCGCGAGAUCUCCUCGGCUACUUGGUUGGAAUAAUCAAGCGAGAGCCCGCUGCAAUCGUGGCAGUCUCGGACAGGUACUACCGCUUGGUCAAAACCUACUGUGAAGGGCAUGGGGGCAAGGCAAGUGAGCUACCAUCCACAGAGCAGCAACUGCUAGCGGAGGCGAUCUCCGCUCCCCUCGCUCAAGGUGAUGGGAAAGCAUAUUCAGCAUUCGCCUUUUCGUUCCUGACAUCGACAAAUCUCCACUUCCUACAAGUCAACCCGUCCCAAGUUGCGUCAUUCCUCGACCUACAAACACUGUCAAUCAGCACCAUCGACGUUUUCGCUCACCAGGACCGCAUUCACCAACGAACCCGAGAUGAACUCUUGUGGUUACUCGCCCACUUCAUCGCCCUCAACCGGGCCUCUCCGACUUCCCAGGGAGUUGUAUAUCUUGAAGCGUUAUACCGGCAGCUGACUGAGCUGGCGCCAGAUAUCCGGAUGCGUACUGCUGCCCAAGGAGGCGAGGACAGCGCUGAGACAUCCGAAGAUGAGGCCGACGAAGCCGACUUGGCGGCUGCGGGACCUAUGCCGCCCUAUGUUAUGGAGCAGCUACUUUUCUUGGUCAACGAGGAUGGGAUUGCAGAUCUUUUGAGCCGAUUCACAUCUACAGCAGCUUCCACAGCGCGUAUUUCUGAAGAAGCGAGCCUGUUGGCUGGGUAUACACUCAUACUGCUGCGAUGCUUUCCAAGCCAUGGCGAUGACAUCAAGUUGAGGCUGUAUCAAGGUGAUAUCCCCACUACGGACUCAGGCACAUCCACGUCACUACCGUCAGUGAAGUUUUUCUGGAAUGCUGUAUCGAGGACAAGCAUAUUCCCGUUGAUAGCACAGAACAGCACAGGGCAGAAGUCGAAAAGCGUCGUGUCUCUACUCCAGCCCAACGCCACACGAGACUCGGAAUGGCGGACACUACUCCUAUUCUUGGAGCUAUACGGUUUUCUGCUACGAGUUACGGAUGACGAAGACUUCCUUCCUGCAGGCAACGAAGUUGUUUCUACACAAAGCCAAGCAGUCUCACGAAUUAGAGCAAGCGGACUCAAACUCACCGAGCUGAAAGAUCUUGUUUCUUUUCUUAAAAACCUUGCCUUUCCACUCUACUAUAAUCUCUCUGACAUAAUGCCUUCUACAAGAACAUCAUCGGAGCCAAGCUUCUCCACCAUGUUCGGAUCUACCGGCUCAAGCUCGAGAGAGAGUGCAAAGAAGUCAACCAGUACUGCCUUUGCGGGCAUAAACGGCAUUGAUGUACUCACUCUAAGAACGGCUGCAACGGCAACUAUGCGGGCUCUGUACGAACGUGACUCACGUAGGCCAUUCCUACAAAAGGAUUUUUGGCUCAUGACCUCAAGAUUCGACAUGGACGGUUUCCUCUCGGCCGUUAUCCUCGAGGAACAGAAGAAGGCUGAGGCUGAUGAAGACGAGCUGAGUGAUGUUGACAUGGACCGCCUUGAUAAUUUUAGCACCGCUUCCGGUUCUCGUAUAUCUCGAGCAGCUCAGAUCGAGCGACAACGACAACACAAAAGAGUACAGAGGGAGAAGUUGCUUGCUCAAGUCGGCCCGAAACUCGAGGUCCUCAGGAAUAUGCCUUUUACAAUUCCAUUUGAAGUCCGAGUUCAAAUCUUUCGGCAAUUUGUGAACCUCGACAAGACCAGAAGAAGGAAAGGCAAUAUAGACCCUGAUCAGUGGAGAUUCUCUAUGAUGAGUGCAGCAGGGCUGGCCAAUAGAAGAGACGUUCUUGGCCGCCACUCCGCUACCAUAAAACGAGGCCAGGUUUUCAACGAUGCUUUCGAGCAGUUCUACUCUCUGGGAGAGGGGCUGAAAGAACCCAUCCAGAUCACUUUUGUUGACCAAUUUGACCAACCUGAGGCUGGCAUAGACGGCGGUGGUGUGACAAAGGAAUUUCUAACCAGCGUAACCAGCGAGGCUUUCAACCCGGAAGCGCAUGGAAUGUUCGUCACCAACAGCCAAAAUCUGCUAUACCCUAAUCCAACUGCGUAUGAUGAGCGCCUGGAAUUGAUGCGGUACAUCGGAACCCCUGAGCACUCACCAGAAUGGAACGCUCGCUUACAAGAGCUUUCUAAACAUUAUGAGUUUCUCGGUCGUGUUGUGGGCAAAUGCAUGUAUGAGGGCAUUCUCAUAGAUAUCGCAUUUGCGAGCUUUUUCCUACUCAAAUGGUCGUCCUCAAGCCCAUCGGACUUCCGUGGAAGUCUGAACGAUUUGAAAGACCUCGACCCCGACUUGUACCGAGGAUUGAUCACGCUUAAGAACUACCCUGGCGAUGUUACAGACCUUGCCCUCGAUUUCACAAUCAACGACCGCGUCCCGAAUCCGCUGACUGGAGAAGUACUGACCAAGAUUCGUCCUUUGCGUCCAGGCGGCGAGGACAUCCCUGUCACAAACAAGGAUCGGCCUCUAUAUAUCUCUCGCGUUGCACACCAUCGUUUGGUAGCGCAGCCUUACAAGCAGACCAAGGCAUUCCUGCUCGGUCUCGGGAGCAUCAUCGACCCUUCGUGGCUCUCCAUGUUCAACCAGUCAGAGCUGCAGCGUCUCGUGGGGGGUGACAGCUCCGAGAUCGACGUCGAGGACUUGCGUAACAACACCAUCUACUCUGGCUUAUACGUUGUUGGAGACGACGGCCUCGAACAUCCCACCGUCCAGAUGUUCUGGCAGGUUAUGCGCGAGCUCAAGGACGAGCAGCGCAGAGAAGUCCUGAAGUACGUUACUUCGACGCCGCGGGCGCCAUUACUUGGCUUCUCGCAGCUGAGCCCUCGGUUCUCCAUCAGAGACGGAGGAACGGAUGAGACGCGCCUGCCCAGCACAAGCACGUGUGUCAAUCUCCUGAAGCUGCCCAGAUACAGCUCAGCGAAAAUAUUGAAGAGCAAGCUCCUCUACGCGGUCCAGUCCGGUGCUGGGUUUGAUCUAAGCUAA